AUGGGGGAAGAGAAGAAGAAGAUGAAUAACUACUCUUUCCCCCUUCUCCUCCUCCUCCUCCUCCUCGUCUCUCUCCACUCCAUACCCAACGCUACUGCAGCUGAGACUCCCCUUCUGAAAACCUACAUCAUCCGUGUCGAAAAGGCCCCAGCUUCCAUCCUUGACCUUCACCAAUGGUACAAAUCCUUCCUUCCAACUUCCACCGAAGCCUUAAACGGACAACGAAUGAUAUACUCUUACAAACACGCCAUCGCCGGCUUUGCUGCGCGGCUCACCGAGAAAGAAGUCAGUUUGAUUUCCUCCAAGCCGGGCUUCAUCAGCGCCCACCCCGACCGCAUUAUCUCUAUUCAAACCACCCACACGCCUUCCUUCCUCGGCCUGAUUAAGAACAACUCAAAUAACGCCGGCUGGGUAGAUUUAGGCGGUGGCGAAGGCGUCGUGAUCGGAGUUCUCGACACCGGCAUCUUUCCCGACCACCCUUCCUUCAGCGGCGAAGGCAUGCCACCGCCGCCGAAAAAAUGGAAGGGGAGGUGCGACUUCAAUGCGUCGCAGUGCAACAAUAAGCUCAUCGGGGCAAGAACGUUCCUUAAUGGCUCAGCGGCUUCGAGAGAUGUGAUGGAUGUGAGUGAAGGUCCAGGUCUUCCUCCAUUUGAUGAAGAAGGGCAUGGAACGCACACCGCAAGUACUGCGGCGGGGGCAAUGGUGGAGGGUGCUCAGGUGUUUGGCAACGCUAAGGGAGUGGCGACGGGAAUGGCUCCGAGAGCGCACCUUGCAAUCUACAAGGUAUGCGAAGAUGACUGCUACUCGAGCGAUAUACUAGCCGGGAUGGAGUCCGCAGUGGCAGAUGGAGUCGACGUCCUCUCAAUCUCCCUCGGCGGCUCGUCGGUUCCCUUCUUCCAAGAUGAAAUUGCAAUUGCCGCGCUUCACGCCGUCCAGAAAGGAAUAUUCGUGAGCUGCGCUGCCGGAAACGACGGCCCAGCUCCCUCUACCCUCUCCAACGAGGCGCCAUGGAUACUAACCGUCGCGGCUAGCAACACCGACCGCUCCUUCGUCGCAAACGUUAAGCUCGGCAAUAACCUCGUUUUCUCUGGCCAAACGGUCUACCAACCCCCCAACUUCACCGACGCACAACGCCCACUCAUCUACGCCGGCUUCUGCACCAACCGCUCGCUUUCCGGUCUUGAUUCUAAAGGAAAGGUGGUUGUUUGCGACCGAGGAGGCGGACUAAGCAGGAUUUCCAAGGGUGAAUCUGUCAAAGCGGCAGGGGGAGCAGCAAUGAUCCUUGUGAAUGAAAAAGACGAUGCGUACAGCAUAAUUGCGGAUGCCCACGUCCUCCCGGCCUCUGCAGUCAGCUUUCAAGCUGGAUUGAAGAUCAAGGCCUAUCUAUCCUCUUCAAAAACACCCACAGCAUCAAUCAUUUUUCAAGGCACGGUUUUUGGCUCCUCCCCUGCUCCCGCGAUCGCUUCUUUCUCCUCCCGUGGACCGAGCAUGGCUAGCCCGGGUAUCCUUAAACCGGAUAUCACCGGUCCAGGUGUCGACAUUCUCGCAGCAUGGCCGGUAUCAGUGGGCCCACCAACGUCGAAGCCCUUUAAUAUAAUCUCCGGGACUUCAAUGUCCACGCCGCACCUCGCCGGAAUCGCAGCGCUGAUAAAGAGUACCCAUCCAGAUUGGUCUCCGGCAGCGAUCAAAUCAGCAAUGAUGACAACUGCCGGAAUAGAAGAUCGAAGCAGGAGGCCAAUAGUGGAUGAACGGCUUCUCCCGGCGGACCAUUUCGCACUUGGGGCUGGCCAUGUGAACCCACUCAGGGCUGUCGAUCCGGGCCUCGUUUACGAUACUGAUGUAGAGGAUUACACGCCUUACCUUUGCGGAUUGAACUACAGCAACGCUCAGUUAACGAUAAUGACGGGCAAGAAGGAUAUUGACUGCUCAAAGAUUAAGAGCAUUACUGAGGUUGAGCUGAACUAUCCGUCGGUAUUGGUGUGGCUUGGCCGAGAUGAGGAGAGGAACGUGACGGUUUGGAGGACGGUGAAGAAUGUGGGAGAGGCAAAGGUUGAGUUUUUAGUGAACGUUGAUGAGCCAAAAGGAGUGGAGGUGGUGGCGGCGCCCAGUAGACUGAGCUUCAAUGAGGUUGGGGAGGAGAAAAAGUUUGCUUUGACAUUUAGGCGUAGCGGAAGUGGAGGGGAAGUGGCGGAGGGAAGGAUCAAAUGGGUUUCGAGCAGGUAUGAGGUUAGUAUUCCGAUAACGGUCAUAUUAAAGGAGUAG